UGUUUCACCAUUUCAUUUCAUUUCAUUUCCUAUUGUUUAGUUUAUCCUAAGUUAACAUGGCACCACACGGCGACACCAUAGUUAGCUCAUACACAUUUACCAAGCCACCAAGACUAUCGUCGGAUGGGCUCAAACGCACGGUAUCCGACAUGUCUUUCGAGUUCGCCAAAGAAGCAAUAGAUAUCAAGUCACUGAACACGAUAUCCGAGGUAGUGGAUGCUAAGUGCGAGUGUUGUGGCAUGGUCGAAGAGUGCACGCCAGAGUACAUGGAAAAGGUGAAUAGCCGGUUCUUAGGUAAGUGGAUAUGUGGGUUGUGUUCAGAAGCCGUGAAGGUGGAAAUGGAGAAAAACGGUGGGAACAAAGAAGAGGCGAUGAGUAGUCACAUGACCACGUGUGUUCGGUUCAACAAACUUGAUAGAGCCUACCCGGUUUUGUGUCAAGCCGAAGCCAUGAGAAACAUGUUGAAGAAGACUAGACUAAGAGCUACUUCUUUUCCUAGAGACAAUGGGCUCACUAAGAAGGGUGGCAUCACUAGAAGCUCUAGUUGCAUUCCUGCCAUUACUAAAGAUAUCAAUAUUGUCAGUACUACUGGCUAAGCUAACUAUAAAUUCAUUAAGCAUGUCCAUAUAUUAAUAGGAUUUGCUUAUAGUAUUAACUAAUAUCGGUAUUGCCAUAACUUCGCUACGUGCGCACAAACGUUACGCGACUACUAGCAAGACAACACCAACGUCCCGAAACGGUUUUUUAUCAUUGAUUGUAAGCUUGUACCAACCCAAACACAUCCAACCAACAUAUGUUGACCAGAUCAUAGGUUUUUUUUGGAGUGUUGGUUGUUUUUCAAAGGGUUUUGGUCAUUUAUUGUAUGUUUCUCAACUUAUAUU